UGUUCCUAUCGAAAAACUGUGUGGUAUCAUGCCUUGGUGUUUAACAUAACCUUCAACUUCUAACUAGCUAUUUUCAUACUCCCACAAUUGGUUCCAAUUUUUUGUUUGGGUUGAGCUAUUAAUAAAUAAGUAGAAAUCAUAAUUACAAUACCUUUGUCGUAUUAGCAAUUAAUUAGUGAAAAUUUGUAUGUUCGCACAUUUCACAGAAACUGUUGUCUUAUAUUGAAAUAAUAUCGCUUAUACACCAGCACAUGUUUUACCGACUUUUCUACAUAAGAGAAUUAUUGGAAAUCAUAUUUGAUAAAAGUCUACUUUGAAAAUAUGGACGAAUUGGAAGAAACGUUUUGUGAGAUUCGGAGAACAAUACAAUUACAAAACUUAAAUUGGCAUACUUUCAAGUUCCAUGAUUUUGAUUCAAAAUCUGUUGAGUCCUGUAGAUUAAGUAACCCACAUCUAUCAGGUGGUUUUUUAGAUAAUGUUAAUUAUGCUUGGUUGAGCUGUGGAUCAAAAUUAAUCAUUUUCAAUGCUAAAACUGGUAUAAGUAUUAGUUAUAAGACUUUCAGAGAGCGAAUUUCAUGUGUGUCGCCAUUUCCUUCUCAGUCAGGCCAACUUCCACUGCUUCUUGUUGGUCUCGACAAUAGUGCCAAUAAAUUGAAAGAAUCAUCUGGAACAAUAUGUGUAUUUGACUGUAUAUCUUCUCAAAUUCUACGAUCUAUACGAAUGCCAGCUGGUGUUGAAAAAUUAUGUGUUAUUAAUGGUGGAUCUGAAUGGGAAAAAAUAAAUGAAAAUAGAGUAGACUAUCGGUUUUUAAAGAAUCAUGGAUUAGCUUGUGUUGCCUUAAGAAAUUUAGAUUACUUCAUGAUUGAUUUACGUCGCAAUCGAUGGGAGUCGAAUCAAUUUCUUGCUUCUAGUGAGAGUAAUACUUCUGAAAUUCAUAUAAUUGAUGACGAAGAAUCACAGUACAAAUACAAAUCAGAGGAACAUGCUGUUUUAAAUUUAAUAAAUGAUCACAUGAAACAACGAAUCUGUCCAAAUCACAAAGAAUUCGAAUCAUCAAAAUUAUUUCAAGACUCAUUUACUAGUGUAAUUUUAUACUCAGAAAAAAUUGGAUGUGUUAUUGCCGGUUGCUUAGGCAGGAUAUUAAUUUGGCAAACCAAUUGUAUUAGCUGGAUUAGCCCACUUGUCGACGAGGAAAUGACGAUAACUCAUAUAACUUUAUUAGAACCAGCAGAUGAUCCAAGACCUUUCUAUUACUUAUGGGUUUCUUAUGAAAAUAAAUCACGUCAAUCUCCGCCAAUUUUAAAAAUGUAUGCAAUAUUGUUUAAAAAAAAAUGUUUAACGGAAAGUGCUUACAGUUAUUUAAAAAUGGAAGCUGAACCUAGUCUCAAAUUUGAAUUAAAAUUGCAAAAAAUCGACAGAAUUAUUAAUUUAAUUCCUAUUUUAAGAGUAAGUAAUUCAGAACAAUCUGAAUCAAUUGAAAAACCAGGUGAAAAUAGCCUGCUAUUAAUUAGUGUUGAAGGAAAAAUUAUUUUAUUUGAUUUGAAUCAAUGGUAUAAAGAACAAAUGCCACGGUCUGUGGGUGAAUGUCAUAAUGUUAAUUCUAUUUUAACGAUAUAUCAUACAAAAUCUCAAGUUGCUCCUGAACACAUCAUUAACUGUGCAUAUAUUCCAUCAACUCUGAAAGAAUUUUCUUGGACUCAAUUAACUUCACCUGACGAAUUUUAUUAUCCUUAUUCACUAUCUUUAGAUUGGAUAGAACUAAGCUCGAAACAAAUUACUUUUUGGAUGACUCGAGGCCUGCAAGCUCACUUACUUAGAAAAAUAGCAACAUCUGGAUCAACAAUUAUAAGCCAGCCUUCAAAAAUCUUUAAUCGCUGCGUGACUGCAGGUUUAAUACCAUCUAGUCCUGAUAAUUCUUUUAUCAAUGACAUAGACGGUCAGAGAGACUCUUUAUUAACUCUAUGUUUAGAGCAGAGAUCAACAUUAUUUUUAUUAAAAUGUGCAAAAGAGUGGUAUGACAAUGACAGUACUUAUAUGUAUUCAGCAUUUGUCCGAUGGAGCAUUCAAAGAGCUUCUGAUAUUAAGCUUACUGCACAUCAACUGUGUUAUUCUUUAUUUGAUCAAUCUGGACAUAGCAUUGGCGAAGCUGAAAUAAAAAUUUUACGAUUUCUCUCACAACAAAUGGAAUGCUUAUGUAAUGUUGUGGAGCACCUUCCAAAAACUGAAGAUAUAAAACAACAAUGCCAAGCAUUUUACCGAAUAUCUAUGUAUCUAGAAAUUUUAUUAUGGUUUUAUGAUGUAGGAUUAUUACCUGAAGUACAAAACAUGGAAGGAGAAAUUUUAACUGAUUCUUUCAAUCUGAGAAUUCCUUAUCCUGUUGCUAAAUUGUCUUGUAUUUAUAAUGAAAAACGUGAACGGUAUUACCAAGAAACUGAGACAAAUGAGGGCAACAAAGAAAUUCUAUUCAUAGAUGAGUUGAUAUCAAGAGAAUGUCCUGCGUUGAGACUUCAGUGGGAGCAAGAAAGAAAUGAAACUUAUAAUGGCGAUAAAUAUCCUCCUCCUUCACUGCAGUCAUUAAUAAGAAGUUGUUUAAUUGACUGUUAUUAUCCAGAUUCUAAUGAAAUUGAAAAUAAACAUCAAAUUAUUAUCUAUCUGCUCAUGGAUCUUGUUAUGUUACUUCACAAUACUUAUUCGAGUGUUGGUCAACUGAUUAAAUAUCCAUCUGCUUUCAAGCUCAGUCCAAGUCUUAUCAAACUCACUCAUGCUUUAUGGUUUCUGGAUCAUGAAGAUUAUCAAGGAUUUCUUGACAUAAUGAUAGGUCAGUUAGUACUUGACUCAGAUAUUAAAAACUGGCAUCAUGAAUUUAUACUGAGAACACUCCUACAAUGUAAUCAGAAUAAAAUUGCUUCUGUUUAUAUAAGAAUAAGAAAACCUCCAUUACCAUCCAUUGAUGAUCAGGGUACUUUUGUUACUCUGUCUAUAGAGCAUGGCUUAGUGCAAUCUAUUUUCCAUAAAAAAUGUUUAUAUCAUAAUAAGCUCUUGAUUAAAUUUUUUCGGGCUUGUCAGUUAUAUGGAAAACUUGGUGAUGUUUUGCAUUUAAUUUUAAAUACUGAAGAAGAAAAAUUUUUCAUGCAAUUCCUCGAACAACAAAAAUAUGAAGAAACUCAAUUAUUAUAUUAUCUUCAACGUUGUCGAUAUAUUGAAGCUAAUAAUAUCUUACAAUCAGAUCAAAGUUUGUCAUGCAUGAAAAAGAAAAAAAAAAUGCCUGUUUUUUUUACAACAUUUCAGGCUCUUAACACCACUCUUCCUGAAAUUACUCAACGAAUUACUGAAAAUUUCAUUAAAUCUAAUAAACGAAAUAAUUUAAGAUCUAGCCUACCACGACCCAUGUCUUAUGUCAACAAUUCUAUUUCAAAACGUGAAACUUAUGAAUCAGCUGUAGAGAACGUUAAUGAUAUUUUUUUUUGUAAGAAUCUAUCGCGUAUACCAUUUUUAAGUGCACCUUGUUUAUCUCUAGAAACGAUUGACAAAAUAACUGAUUCAAAUUGUGUGCGCUUUGCUAAAAAUGUUCAGUUAUACCGUGAAAAGCGUUCAUUAAAUCAAAUAAUAACUAGUGAAGACUUUCAAAAUGAUGGAGAGUUGAAGAAGAGAUGUAAAAAAGUUACUGCAAGUAACAACGGAAUUGGUGAUAAUAGCACAGGAAUGAUUAGUUUGUUUCCCAUUCGGGAUACUCCUUUGAUUAAAAGAAAACAUCAAAUAAUGAAUACUACAAAUACGCCAUGUGAAACACCACAGUCAAUCCUUAAAAUUCGCCAAAUGAUUCAAAACUCUUCAUCAUCUUCUGGAUCAUUAUCAUCUCUAAAAAAGAAUAAAAUAUCAGAUAAAGAGAAAAAACGUCGACAAAUACGGUUCAAUAUUUAUCAAUCUAUGAUAAAUGGAUCUAUCGACGAAUCAUUAGACAAUAUUAAAACAUCUUCUCAAAAUCAAGUUGAUACGUUAAAUAAUACUUUAUUGAUAGAAAAUGAUAUAAAUGUAAUGCCGGAACAUGAAAUUUGCGGAGAAAGUGAAGGAAUGUAUCCCAAUCUUAAUAAUAGUACAAAAUCUCUUUACGAAGAAAGUAUAUUAACAAAUACCUCCUUAUAUGAUUUUGAUAGUAUUGAUUCUGGUUCAAAACCACAUUUAAAUCGAAAAGAUUUUUCUGAGUCUUGUCAAACUCCAUUUCAAACUUCAGUCAAUCAUUCACUUAAAUCUAACGAAGAUUUGAAUGCUUCUAUUUAUGACUCUGCUGAAAAGACUCAUAAUUUAAGAUCUUUUUCACCUUCAACAUCGAUUUAUGCUUCGACAGUCUUAUCAGCUAGUUCAAGUUUUGACGUGACAUCAAUUGAUACCCCAAUCAAAGAUGAUGAACACUAUCAGAAAAUAUUAUCACCAAUUACAGUUCCUUCUAAUUCACUCAUGGUUAACAAUUUAAAUAUAAAUAAAAAUUCUGAAAACGAAAAUGAUACUAAUGAUAAAUUAAUACUUUGGGUAGAUUAUAACAAAACAAAAACUGAUUUUGAAGAAAUUAAUACAAAUGAUGUAUAUAAAAAUACUGUUACUUCAUCGACUAGUCAUGAAUUGAAUAACUCAACUAACUAUGAAUUUAAACUUGAAAAAUCAAACAAAGAUAAAGCCGCAAAAAACGCCGUCGAAAUCGGAAGUAAAAUUGACAAAAUAAAUUCUAAUAUUAACAAUGUAAGUUACUUGAGUUCACUAAAUAAUUGUAACGAUAAAUUAAACCCAAUAUUUCAUACGAUAGAAAUAAAUAAUUCUAGAGAAAUUAUUGCUGACUGUUACAAAAAUUUUAAUGUGACUGCUGACGAAUCGGACAGAAGUUUAGAAAAUGAUGCAAUAAAUAUACGAAAAACAGAUAAAAAACUUAUGAGCUUUACGAAUUUCUCUGAGAUUUCAAAAAUUAUUUUUGCUGGAAGUAGUAGCAUUACAGAUGAAACUGACCAAAGUAUAGAACCCACACAAUUAACUAAAGACAUCAAUAUGAGUCAAUUCAUACCAUCAGGUCAAUUUCAGCAGUCUCUUAAUUUCGAUAAUAUUGAAAUAGUACAUAAUGGCACGAAUAAGUUAUUAGAUUCGAAAUUUUUACCGGGUAAAUGUGAAAAUUCAAAUGAUUCAAAUGAAACAUCUCAAUUUAAGUGUAAAGAAAAUAGCACUCAUUUUCGAGUAACACGAUCCCAUCGUGCAUCGUCGGUCAUACCAAUAAUAGAAAAAUUUACUAAUGAAGUUUCAGAUAAUGCCAAAGUUGAAAAAGUGAAAGAUUUCACAAAACAAGAAUCUUCAUUGGUUAUAGUUACAUCAACAUCAUCUUCAGAAUGUUUCAAGUCUAAAGAUUUAUCGAGUACAAAGAAAGGAAGAAGUCGAAGAUCAAGGUCUUUAACGAAAGAUGUUGUUACGAAUACAAAAGACAGUUCUAAAUUGUUAAAUAAUAGUUUUGAAUUGACUAUUCGUCGAAGUACAAGACACUCAGCGUCCGAACAAAAAAAAUUGAUUAGUUCCGAAAAAAAAACUGACCUUCCAUUGACCCCACAAAUUUCUGAGUUAGAAGAAGAAAGUACUGGACAGUUUAAUAAAAUAAAAAAAAAAACAAAGAAUAAAAAAGGUACGACAGUAAUUAAAAAUUCUGAAUUAACAAAAAAGAGAUUCCCAACUCUUUCAGACAACGAUUGUGACCAAGCAUUUGAAUACAUCAAAACAAGAAAAACAUCAAUUUCGAAUAACACCGCACAAGAUAAGCUAAUUGAGAAACCAGUUUCUGACAAUCAACCAUUGGAGUUGUCGGGGUCAAAGAAAUCAUCCAAUCCAAGUCUAAAACACAAAACUCAGCUCCGACCAUCCGAAACCACAGAAUUUUUUAAAAUUUCCGAAGAAAACCAAAGUGAAUAUGUACCACUUGCAAAAAGAACCAGAAGUGCAUCAAUGUCGAAGGAAAAUAGCGAAGAAAGAUUGUCCAAAAGAAGAUGUUCAGAUUUGAGUAAAAAAAAAAAUGCUGACGAAAAUUCAAUGAUAUCUCAAAAAUCAGAUAAUGUAUCCAAUGAUAAAAACAAAAAUACUAAUAGAACUGAAAAUUCUACUAAAUCCACUACGCGAAGAAAAAGAUCAACUUCAGAUGAAAUGAUUAAUAAACUCAUAAAAAUUCAGGAUAUGAAAGAUAAUUGUGAAAACUCGUUCGAUAUUAUUAAACCAUAUGUUACGUCAAUUACUCCAAUACCUGAGGAAAACGAAAUCACGGACGGUUUAGAAAAUCAAACAACAGUUACAAGAAAAAGUCGGCAACGAAGAGCAAUGAGUGUAGAUUUAACACCUACAGCAAGUAAACGGCAAAGUCGUGAAUUUUCACAAAAUACUAUAUUUAAAAACUCUGAGAAAGAAAAAGAAUUCAAUACAUACACGGAAAAUGAUUCAAUUGCAAAAAAUCUUCGAAGAAGCAAACGUGCUAAAUCUGAAACAAAGGAAUUAAAACAAACAAUUGUACUUGAUCGUCUAAAGCAAACCUCAAAAAGAAAUAAUACAAAAAAAAAUUGCAAUGAUUAGCACUCAAGUAUACAUUUUCUAAAAAUGAACAUGGUCCACAAAGUUAAAAAAAUUACAUUUAUGAAACAGGUACAAAUCCGGGCAUCAUGCAUCACAGGAAUCCUGACAAGAUCUUAGACAAGACAAGCUCAAAAUUUUUAGGAAAUCUCAUAAGUGACAAUAAAAUUUAUUAAUUUUCAUAA